CUCGCCGCCGCCGCCCUGGCCGGUCUGGCCGUCAUCAGCCGAGGGCUGCUGUCCCAGAGCCUGGAAUUCAGCUCGCCUGCCGACAACUACACUGUGUGUGAAGGUGACAACGCCACCCUCAGCUGCUUCAUUGAUGAGCAUGUGACCAGAGUGGCCUGGCUGAACCGCUCCAACAUCCUGUAUGCAGGAAAUGACCGCUGGACCAGUGACCCUCGAGUGCGGCUGCUCAUCAACACCCCUGAAGAGUUCUCAAUCCUCAUCACCCAGGUGGGGCUUGGUGAUGAGGGCCUCUACACCUGCUCCUUCCAGACCCGCCACCAGCCCUACACCACUCAGGUCUACCUCAUCGUGCAUGUCCCUGCCCGCAUUGUGAACAUCUCCUCGCCCGUGGCGGUCAAUGAAGGGGGCAAUGUGAACCUUCUCUGCCUGGCUGUGGGAAGGCCAGAGCCCACUGUCACCUGGAGACAGCUUCGAGACGGCUUCACCUCAGAGGGCGAGAUUCUGGAAAUCUCCGACAUCCAGAGGGGCCAGGCCGGGGAAUACGAAUGCGUUACUCACAACGGGGUGAACUCGGCGCCUGACAGCCGCCGUGUGCUGGUCACAGUGAAUUAUCCCCCGACUAUCACCGACGUGACCAGCGCACGAACCGCCCUGGGCCGGGCGGCCCUCCUGCGUUGCGAAGCCAUGGCUGUGCCACCUGCAGAUUUCCAGUGGUACAAGGAUGACAGGCUGCUAAGCAGCGGCUCGGCAGAGGGUCUCAAAGUGCAGACGGAGCGCACCCGCUCCAUGCUUCUCUUCGCCAACGUGAGCGCUAGGCACUAUGGCAACUAUACCUGUCGAGCAGCCAACCGACUUGGAGCAUCCAGCGCCUCCAUGCGGCUCCUGCGCCCAGGAUCCCUGGAGAACUCAGCUCCGAGGCCCCCGGGGCCCCUGACCCUCCUCUCAGCCCUGGGCUGGCUGUGGUGGAGAAUGUAGACGCCCAGCACAGCGCACCUCCCCUGCAGGGGGCCUCAGGCCAGGAGCAAGAGAAAGGGGGUGAGCAAGCGCCCUGGGUCUCAAGUGGGACUGAAGAGCUCUCAGCCACAGAGGAAGAAAGAAGAGGAGGAGGAAGGUCUUUUAGAGAACCCAUCACUGUGAGGGAUAACGCAAAAUUAUGCAUCUUUCUACAGCCAUUCUCGCCACCUGUUCACGAUUCCAAUUGUGACCCACCACCCCCAGCCACUCCACACCCCUCUCUUAGCUCAGGCUGUCAACUGGCUCGUGUGUGUGUGUGUGUGUGUGUGUACGUGUGCAUGUAUAUGAGUGAGUCUGCAUGUCAUGUAUGUGUGUGAAGGUGUGCUGAGGGAGGGAACCACGAGGCCUCCCUCUCUGGACCCAACUCUCCCUGGCCCCUGCCCAUUCCUGCUGCCUCUCUUCCUCUGGUUGGAGGUAGGUAAGGGGGCUUCAAGGCGGAAGCUUUGGCAAGAAGCCUGCCAGCUUCCCACCUUCCCAUAUAUGCACGAACCCCUGCCCCUUUCCUCCCUACUCAAGGGGCAGGCGGGCGGGCGGGUGGCAUCACUCAGCCUUUGUGAAUAGGUGAGGAUCUUUGUCAUGGCUGUUUCUCCCUGCUCUGUCACCUGCAGCUGCCUGCAGCCAGAGGCGCUAUCACUGACUCAGUGGCUUGAAACCUCCCUUGCCCUGUUCCUCCCCAACCCUGGACUUUCUGGCCCCCUUCCUGGGCCAAUCGGUGCUUCCAUUCAACUGACAGGCAGGCUGGUGGCACUUAUCACCUGUCUGUCUCAGUGCUUUGUCCCACUCAGACCCCCAGACUCCCCUUGGCCACAGUGGCACUCUCUAGUUGCCCUGCAACUGACUCACAAGCAUGGGCUCCCUGGCCACCUGCUUCCUUGCCUCUCAACCCCUAUUACCUCCAAAGGCUGCUGUGACACACACACACACACACGCACGCACACACACACGCACACAUGCACGCACACACAC